AUGGACCCUAUGAAUGCCCAGGGCUUGGACGUGCAUAUUCUCCCCUGCCCACAGCCGGCAGACGCAUUCACCCCUCAUCACGGCUGUCUCAAUCUUGCUUUCCGCAUCGCAGUCAUAGAUCCUCCAAAGUGCUUGAAGACAAGGCACCAGAGCCGUCCGGUCCUCAGCCGACACAUUCAGGCUGGCAUCGGAAACAUCACCUCCAUUCACCGACAUGCACAGGCAAUACUCAAACAUACGUAUUAG